AAAUUAUCAAACGGAGAAGAAAUUUCUCCUCGGAAGAAAGAAGGGGAAGGGAGAAGGAAGAGGCACGCCGCCCAGAUCGCCUCCACAGAAGAAAAUCCGGCACGCGAGGCCGUAGCGCCGUAGGCACCUACGCACCGGCGGUCCUCGAGGCCGCCUGGCGAACCCGUCCGGCCGCGCCCUUGCCCGGUCGCUUCCGGCUCCUCUCCCAUUCUUCCCCUCCAUCUCCAUGGCCGUGGGGAGUGGGCCGUGCUUGCUCGCCGUGGCGCUUCUCGCCGCCGCUUGGAUCUCCGACGCUUCGUCAUCGGAUAAGCAGGCACACAGCAACCGGCAAUAUGUCAAUUGCAUGCCUUGCUCUAGGACGUACGUUGCUGACGCAUAUGUCGAUGCCUUGACGAGCCAGCUCUCUCAACAUCGUGACUUGACUGAAGUACCUGACAAAUCUGACUUGUGUAAAGGACUUGCUGAUGAACUUGAUGUGCCUACGCUUUCAGAAGUGCAUCGUCAGCUGGUUGGUGAAGGUUCCCACCGCCGCUUGAUCUAUUCUGUCAAAUUUGGUAACUCCAAAGAUGCUAUGGUACAAUUCCUUGAUGGUUACGAUGCCAAUCUGGUGAUAAUUGAAAAGCUCCCAAGUGGUGUAUUUGCUGACCCAUUUGAGCUGCAGCACUUUGUUGAGCGGAAAGUUUUUCUUGAUGUUGCUGUUUUUGGAGACACGAACCUUGAACUGCCAUCCGCUCUGUCCAACCGGUCAGCUGUUGAGAUUCAUUUUGAUCUCAAACCAAGCACAUCAAUGGACUAUAACCUUGUAACAGAGCUUCCUCUCCAUGCUAGAUAUCCACCUCUUGAUGCCAGCGGUUACGCAACGGUUGAGUUCGGCAGCCCAGACCUGCUCCUCCGUUACAGGAGAAAGGAAACCCGUCCUGAUUCCUGUGUGUGGGCCCUCCGGGAUCUCCACGCCACGCCUGUGGAGAAAGCCGCAUGGCGCAUACCCUGUGGCGACGAAGCGCACACGGGAUUUGUAUCUAGCCUCACUUUCAUGUCAGCUCUGGUUUGCUCCAUGUCCAUAGUCUUAGCAGCUUCCCUAACUCCUUGAUACAAGUGCUGGAAACACAGGACACGGUGCAUUGAUAUGGUCGGCAGAAAAUGACUUUUUUUGUCGCAAGACUUGUGCACAUCAUUUCACGCGUACUUUUACGCGUCAUUUGCAAAAAAGAAAAGAAGGAUGAAAAUUCAA